ACAAAAAAUAUUGUGUGUGAAAAUUUUUUUUUUUGUGGAACAUGAUUUUGUGUAUGUUUUUAAAGUUUUGUUAUUAAUUUACUAUUAUAAUUGUACAAUGUUGAAUUUUGUAAAAAAGUUGUUACUCAGCAGAAGAAGUAGAUGACAGUGUUGGAUUAUUAUUAAAUGAAAAAUUCAGUUUCUGUGAUGAACAACAAUCAUGACACCAGGAGCAGCCCUAAUGGUUCUGCUACUAAUGAUGACAUGUUCUGCGAUGACGAACCCAUCAUCGCGGGCUACUCUCAUCAGAAAAGUUUCGAGUGUGAAACUGAGAAGCGGUUACAUGGAAAUUGUAAAAGAAGAAACGUGCUCCGAUACACUUAUUCGUUUAUAUUGCAGAUCGCUGAGAUCGAUAAUAUUUAUUUUGGAAGCCGAAUAUCUUCCAAACAAAAGCAAUGCUUGUGGUUACGAUAUAGAAGCUGUAGAGAGAGAACGUCAAAAAAAGUUACGUCAAUUAGAAGAACAAAAUCGAUUUUACAAUGUAAAACUUGCAAGAUAUAUGCGAGAACUUUACAUGGCGGAAGAAGAAAAAAAAUCUCCCAUUGUUGAUUUUAGAUCAUCAUUAAACAGAAGAUGUUCGGGACUACAACAUUGUAGAUACAAAAUGUCCUCAGAUCAUCCAGGACCUCCUAUUUGGAAUCCUGCGAAUAUUCGUGUAAAAUAUGCGUGUAUACCAGAAGUAGAAAUAAAAAAAUAUUGCAAUCUACAUGUGAAAGUGAUAGAGGGAGAGGAAGGUUACAUCAAAAAUCCAGGAUAUCCUCUUUAUUAUCUUGGUGAAAAUUCAUGUGGGUGGAUAUUUAGAUCCCUCCCUGGGCAGAGGAUAGAGCUGACAAUUCACGACCUCCAUCUUCGUGCUCAUGCGCUAGAUGGAAGCUGUGUGGAUGUUAUAAGAAUAAGAGACAGUGGUAAAACAAUUUAUGAAAAUUGUGGAACCGCUGCUGGAAUUACUGUAAUUUCAAAUACAAAUUUAGUAACAGUUGACCUCGUUGCAUCGAAGAAUUUGUAUCCCGCCCGCGGAUUUUUGUUGCAAUAUAAAGUUUUAGGUUGUCCCGAAGUAUCAGCACCAAACGGAAGCUUUGUAUCGAAUGGAACCCUUGAAACUAGAACUUUCCAAUGUCGAAUGGGUACAAUAUUUCCGGACUCAAAACAAAGGACAAAAACGAUCGUUUGCAAAAAUGGUCGAUGGGACAAAAGCGUUCAAACUCUGACAGGUUGCAUUGCGACGUCAGCAUUAAUUCUCAAGACUGAGGCAGAGGAGAAUCAUUUGUCGAGUCUAUCUGGUGACAACUUGGGUUCAGAGGUGAGAAGAGGAUACGAAAACGCAGUCGCGGAUUUCUCAACUCCAGUUAUGGAUUCGGCGCAAAACAUGUUGAAGGAACCAGACUACAUCGUAGAUUUCAUUUUACCAACCGUCCUGAUAGCCUUGCUCUUCGUUGGCAAUGCUGUCAUUGUCUAUGUCAUUUUCCAAUACAGAAAAAGGAAAGCACCGUCUGAGGGUCAUGUGGAAGAAGUUGCUUUAGACGCUGCAAAUGGAGUUCCUCCAGUUUAAUUGGAAAAUUACUAAAGACUAGUUUAGGACAAAACGAAUGAAAGGAGAGAGCGAGAGAGAGAGUAUCUAAUUAUGGCCUAAGAUUAUACUCAAAACUACAGAGGAGUCAUGAGAAAAUUUGUGAACUCAAUUUUAUCGUCAUCGGGUGGCGCACGAAGAAAACCACCCGCACACACACACACACAUACACUAUUGCAUUUCCGAGUUCUGUUUUUCCUCAAAAGAAAAUAAGGACGAUAUGAACAAACUGAAGAUAAUUCAUUCAUGUGCCAGAGUACAGAUACCCUAUGGCGUAUCUGGCCUCAAAUUCCUCUGCUUUUAUUUUUCUACCUUCAUCAUUCAAAAAAAUAAAUUUCACAUACAUUUAUUUUUCAUCAAUCACAUUAUCAUUUUAAGUUUAAUUUUACUAAUAUUGUCAAAAGUUAUUAUAUAUAUGUACUUUUAAUUAUUUACAAAGUUGUAUUAUAAUGUAGGAAGAUAUAUAUAUAUGUAUAACAAAUAAAUAUAUAUUAAAAUAUAAAUAUAUAUAUAAAAUAUAUAUAUAUUUCGUCCAAAUGUAAUUAAGUUAAAAUAAACGAAUGUUUUUCGUAAAAUAGACAA